CUCCGAGCAACCGCGUGCAGGGUCUGCCGCCACUUGGGUGCUGGCCACAACCACAAUUGCACAACGCCGCGCAUGUCGACGCUGCAGCUCAGCGCCAAGCAGGUGCUCGUGAUGCUCUGCGCCAUCAACUUUCUCAACUUCUUUGACCGCGGCCUUAUCCCGGGCGCGCCGAUCGAGUUUCAAGCGUUUGUGCAAUCGGCCCACAACGUGUCAUCGAGCCACGUGAGCGUCUACAUUGGGCUGCUCCAGACGUCGUUCAUCGGGUCGCUCUCUGUCUUUGUGUGCGUCUUUGGCUACCUCUCGCGCACGCAGCGCCCGUUCUUUCUGACGGCGCUCGGCCUCUCAGUGUGGCUUCUCGCCCUCGUCUGCUGCGCACUCGCCAAGCCGCUCAACAGCUUUUACGUGCUCCUCGUCGGCCGCCUCAUCUCGGGCAUCGGCGAAGCGUCGUUCCAGGCGACCGCGCCGGCGUUCAUUGACGCGUUCGCACCACCCGCCAAGCGAACACUGUGGCUCGGGGCCUUCUUCGCCCUCGUCGCUGUCGGUGAGGCCAUUGGCUUCUCCGUGAGUGCGCUUCUGGCCGCAAGCGUCGGAUGGGACGUCGGGUACUACCUCACGGCGAUCCUCGCCCUCCCACUUGUCCACGCUUGCUACCAUUUCGUGCCCCAUGAGCUCAACAAGCCGACGCUAUCGCCGGACUGCCCGCCGAACGAAGAUUCGCUCUUGCCGUCGGCAACGACCUCGUACUGGCGCACAACGUGGCAAGUGCUCUGCAACCCGAUCUUUGUCACGGCGACGCUCGGCUGGGCGGCGUAUGCGUUCACAAUCGGUGGGCUCUCGACGUUUGCGCCCGCCCUCUUCAUCGGGCUUGGUGUCCUCGAUGUCUCAUUGGCCUCGACCGCCAUGGGUGGCAUCGUUGUCGUCUCCAGUCUCACGGGUGCGCUCCUCGGCGGUUACCUCCUCGACCGCAGCUGCCGCGGCCGCGAAGACGACCGCCACUUUCGACUUCGAAAAGCCGCGCUGCAGAUGCUUAUCUCAAUGAGCCUCGGCGUAGCCCUUCUCUUUCUCUCCAUGUGCGCGCUGAACGGACCACCGAUCGUCGUGUUAGCGCUCAUCCUGCUGGGGCUGAUGUGCGUGCUCAUGUCCCAAGCGCCGCUCACGACGGUCGUGCUCCUCAGCGUCAAGUGGAGCCAGCGCAGCUACGCCGUCGGGCUCAACACGCUGCUCAUGCACCUCCUCGGCGACGUCCCCGCCGUCGUCGUCAUUGGUGCGCUCAAAGAUCACUGGGCACCGCACUGCGGUAGCGUCGUGGACGUCCACGGCUCCGACGUGCUCGACCCGAAUUGCCAUUUGGAUGCAACCGGUCUCCGCGCGACGCUUGCGUUUGCCUACGGCUGGCUACUGUGGGCCGUCCUCUUUUGGGGCGCGACGUACUACUUGGCGCGUGCCCGCACGACGCGGGCGGACGCUGACAUCGAUGGCGAAAUGAUGACCAUGCCCCAAACGCCAACGUACAACGACUGCUAAAGUCCUUCUCGAUCGCCGCCGUCGCCGUAAACAAGUACGAGUAGAGUAGGUUUGUAUCAUGUAGAUGUCCAUCGUUGGAUCGUAGUGCAAAUAGUAGGUUAGGUUUCUAGGACUGCAACCGCGGUUUUGGUGCAUCAUUGAAUACAGGGUC